UGGGGCAAGAUGGAUUUUUCAGAGCAGUGGCAUAUGGACAAAGCGCUGGAAGUGAUCCAAGAAAAUAUAGGUUACACUGGUGCGAAGGUUGGAUGUCGCUUGGGUUUCAUUCCAAGUAGUGGGCUUGUGAUAUCCUGUCUCGGAGAAUUGCUGGCACGAAUCAUCAAUCCACACACAGCAUUAUUUUAUUCAAAUCCAGGUGCUGUUAAGCUAGAAGAGGAGAUGGUCAGGUGGUUGGUAGAGUUUGUUGGUAUGCCCACAUCUAGCCAAGGGGCCCUAGUGUCUGGGGCUUCUAUUGCUUCAAUUAUGGCAGUACGUACUGCGGUUCAGGCUAAACAUAUAAAGGCCAGGGACUAUCACAGGCAGGUGGUGUACAUCACCCAGCAUACUCAUCGCUGUAUCAUAAAGGCUCUCAAAAUCUGUGGGAUGGUUGAAUGUGAA